GCGGUGGGAAUGCGUCUGUAGCUCUGCUGCUCUGUGCCUCGCCUCGGGCCGCGCCUGAGCGAGGAGCUCCUGUGAGGAAGCGGGGCUGCCGCCUCGGGACGGCUCGGACUGCGCCGUGCCAAGGAGCUGUCGCUUCCCGCCAAAUAAAGAAGAAUGUCCUUGUUUAAAGCUAGAGACUGGUGGUCCACCAUACUUGGAGAAAAGGAAGAAUUUGACCAAGGCUGUCUAUGUGUUGCUGAUGUUGAUAAUAGUGGCAGUGGACAAGAUAAAAUUAUUGUGGGCAGUUACAAGGGAUAUCUCCGAAUCUUUAAUCCACAUCCUGUGAAACCUGGAGAUGAAGUACAACCUGAAGACUUGCUCUUGGAAGUGCAGUUGCGAGAGCCAAUAUUGCAGGUUGAAGUGGGAAAAUUUGUUUCUGGUACUGAGGGACUUCAUCUAGCUGUGUUGCAUUGCCGAAAACUCUGUGUGUAUGCUGUUUCAGGAACUCAGGGGAAUGUGGAGCAUGGGAACCAGUAUCAGAUUAAACUGAUGUAUGAGCACAAUCUUCAGAGAACUGCUUGUAAUAUGACUUAUGGCCCAUUUGGUGGUGUAAAAGGUCGAGAUUUGAUCUGCAUACAGUCCAUGGAUGGGAUGCUCAUGUUGUUUGAACAAGAAAGUUACGCUUUUGGCCGGUUUUUACCUGGUUUUCUUCUUCCUGGUCCCUUGGCUUAUAGCUCUCGCACAGACUCUUUCAUUACAGUGUCUUCUUGUCAGCAGGUUGAGAGUUACAAAUACCAAGUGCUGGCAUUUGCAACAGAUGCUGAUGAAAGACAAGACACAGAACAGCAAAAACUCAGUUCUGGAAAAAGACUUCUGGUGGAUUGGGUUUUAAACAUCGGAGAGCAAGCACUGGAUAUAUGCAUUGUCUCAUUUAAUCAGGGAGUUUCUUCUGUUUUUGUGCUUGGUGAAAGAAACUUCUUUUGCCUUAAGGAUAAUGGGCAAAUACGAUUCAUGAAAAAACUUGAUUACAAUCCGAGUUGCUUCAUUCCUUACUGUUCAGUGCGAGAAGGAACAAUAAACACUUUAAUUGCAAACCACAGUAAAAUGUUGAAUGUUUAUCAAGAUGUUACAUUGAAAUGGGCCACUCAACUUCCCUGCAUUCCUGUAUCAGUAAAAGUAGCGAAUUUUCAAGACUUGAAGGGUGUUAUAGUCACUCUGAGUGAUGAUGGUCAUCUUCAGUGUUCAUACCUUGGAACUGAUCCUUCACUCUUCCAGGCUCCUAAGGUUGAUUCUAGGGAAAUAAACUAUGAAGAAAUGAAUGCUGAAAUGAAAGAGCUUCAGAAAAUCAUCAGGGAGGCCACAAAAAUGCAAGAUAUUUUGCCUGAAUCUGAAAAACAGAGAGAUGUAACUGUCACAGCAGAAGUUUCAGCUGAUCUGGAUGAAGAAUCUCAAGCCAUUGACAGUGAGGUAAAAGCAGGGGCUGUACCAUCAGUCACGGUAAAGAUAACAAUCCAGAGCAGAGUGACUGCGCAGAAGCCAAGCCUGGCUGUGUGUGUACAAGCUCCGUUAGCAGUGACCUCUGACCAGUUUGUCUUUGAUGAUUUCGAACCAGAUUCAUCUGAAACUGUGGUCCUGUCUGUCUUUUUGAAGGAGAAUUGUUCUCCACCAGAACUAGAAGGAACCUGUAUAGUUUCAUAUAUUAUACCAACAGAGCUCAAUCCUGAAGGAAUACCAAGAGUUUCACAGUGUAGCUUCAGUCUGCCUUUGAAGUUAGUUUGCUUUCCAGCUCAACCUUCAAAAGCAGCACACCACAAACUAACUAUUGAUACCAACAAACCUCCCAUCAGUUUUGUCACCAUUUUUCCAGAUUUUGUUGAUCUGUCUGAGGGUGACCAUGCAAAUGCUCUGGGAUUUCAGUUUUUAACAGGUUCAAAAACCACUCUUCUUGCUUCAAAAACAUCACAACGAUACAGGAUUCAGAGUGAUCAGCUGGAAGACCUUUGGCUGGUAACAAAAGAGCUCAUACACCGACUAGAAGAGCAUUUCAAGAAGCAAAACUGCAAGGACUUUGCAUGUACCUUUUCUGGUUCCAUUCCCCUGCAAGAAUAUUUUGAACUAAUUGAUCGACAUUUUGAGCUACGUUUGAAUGCUGAGAAAUAUCAGGAGCUGUUAUCUGAAAGGGCUGUACAGUUUCGAGCUAUUGAGCGGCGAUUGCUGACACGAUUCAAAGACAAAACUCCAGCUCCUCUUCAACAUCUGGACACCUUGCUAGAAGGAACAUUCAGAGAGGUAAUAGCUCUAGCAGAUGCAGCAGAAGAAAAUCAAGCCAACAUGUUCCAAGCAUUUGCAAAGUUGAAAAGUGCCACCCAUCUGGUGAUUAUGCUGAUUAGUUUGUGGCAGAAGCUCAGCACUGAUCAAGUUGCUAUUUUGGAAGCUACGUUUUUGCCAUUAGCAGAAGAUACACAAGAGCUGGGUUGGGAAGAAACUGUGGAUGCUGCAGUCUCUUACUUGUUAAGAACUUGUUUGUCAAAGAGCUCCAAGGAGCAGGCCCUGACUCUCAGCAGCCAGUUGUCCAUGCCCAAAGAUACCAGCAAACUGAAGAAGAACAUCACCCUCUUCUGUGAUAGAUUGGCCAAAGGUGGUCGCCUUUCAUUAAGUACAGACUCAGCCACUCAGCAAGCAUCUGUCAUGCCAGGUGGCUGCACUACAAUCCCAGAGUCUGAUUUAGAGGAAAGGACCAUUAUACCGGGCUCCGCAGCAAUGUUUGCCAGUCAUGGGCAGACCACAAAGCAGAAAUCCAAGCCUGGUCUGUCUGAGGAUGCAGCAGAGGAAACAAAAAGCCACGAACUCUGACGACGACUCUCAGGAGAAAUUUCUUUCUGAUGCCAGAUGAAUUUAUAAUGCAGCAGUACCAAUCCAUUUUACUCUGUAGUGAUUGCAGCUUCCAGAAGGAGAGGACUGUGCUAAUUUAUAUAAAAACAAAAAAAGUUCCGCUCUAAUAAUUUGGUUGGUUCUCCUUGCCAACUGCUAUCAUCCCUUCUGUGAGCAAAGUUUAAGCACUUACCCAACUGUGGUAGCGGUGUUGUGUUGUGUUUUACGAUAUAUCAUCCCUUUCUAAGGAUUCAGUUGAUUGAUCAAAGAUUGUUUAUACAUAGUUAAAAGCAACCUUUGUUUCAGGAUAUAUUUUGUCCUUUUAAAAAAGAUAUUCUGAACUGCACCUCCCUUUGAGAUUAUAUUAACAUUUGUUAUAUCACAGUUCUGACAAAAGAUAACUAUCUCGUUUCCUCCUGUACUAACAUUCAUGAUUCCAGACAGCUGAAUUCACCACCAGGAGAAAAACUGGUAAUCCAUCAACUCUUUCCCCCCUCCCUCUCAUUGCUUAUACAGACUCCUGCUCUCUAGAGAUAUAGAGUAAAAUAUGGUUACUGGACAUAAAGGGCAAACCUUUUUGCUGUUAACUAUGCCACUAUGAAUGGGAGUAAAGUUUACACUGUGAGUACCUUGAGCACAGCAACACAUGGAUCUUUUUAUGGUUACCUGUGAUUUCUGCUUUUCUUGUCAGUCUGCUCUAGCUAUGGGUAAGAUUUUCAAAAGUAACUACCAAUUUUUGAGUGCCUUAACUUUUAUUAAUCCAGUUGGAGGGUGUUUUGAGUGUUGUGUAUUUAGAAAUUGUAUUUUCUGAGUAUUGCCAUCUAAAUGCUUUUGUAUUUUGUCUAAAUGCUGAGUAUUGCCUUCUGAAAGUCAGGCCCCUGCAAGGUAGCUGAAAUAUAGCACCCAAUAAGUGAGGCAAACUUUGAGAGGACCUUGGCCUGGAAUUUGGAGAAGUCAGGCUAAUGUCUGGAUUUCUGUGAGUGAGUAGAGAUAUUACUAAAAUACGCUUGGAACUGAAAACAACUGAGAACUGGAUCAAGUGUAUAAACGGGCAUUUGAACAAGGCCUCUCCUGGCUGUUGCUACUUCAUACCAAAAUAUAAUUUGCAGUCUCUUGGAAGGCAGAUACAAAAUGCACUGAUAGCCCCAGUUUAGUUCAUGGUAGAUGCAAUUGCAUGAGCCAUCUCCACAUCCCACAUUGCUGUUGGUUUCCUCAACAGGGGUCCGCCAGCUCCUGUUCUAGCUGUAGUAAAGGCCCCUCCAACUCACUUCUGUGCUGUUUCAAAAGAGGUUAUAACAGUUGCUGUGGUCAAUGCUAGCUUGAUCUAUGGAUAAUAAGGAAACAUUUUUCAGAAUUUCUUAAGCCAUCAACCUUCAUCAUCUCUGUGUCUAUUUUCAACUUCUUUGCAUCCACCCCUAAAACAAAAGCAGCUUUGCAGCACUUGUGCAUCUGCUGCUUAACCCUCUGGCCCUACUCUGGCUCAGUACACGCUGUAACUGUUUCAAGAAGCCUUUUUCAACAUGUUAGCUAUUAAGUAGCUCAGUAGCCAAGGAACUGGGUAAAGCCUCUGAUACCUCUAGGGCUGAAGUGGGCUGUAACUCCCAACAAAAAUCACUGUUUCCCAGGAGACCUCAGAUUUAUCUACAAGUUGUGGGGGCAGAAAUCUUAUUUCUUUCCCAGAAAGGAAAAAACCCUACUUGUUAUGGAGUGAUUCUGCUCUCUGAGUUUUCUUCACUCUAAUCCCUCCCCUGUGGUUUUUGUCAGGAGGGUGGUAUCCUACCCAUUGUCAAGGUACCCUGCUGCGCUGUGAAAAUUACACAAUAAAAUAAUCUCCUGUAGUCUCUGUACACACCUCAGUGACCAAAGAAAGUCCAUGGAGAACUAAUCAAUUACUGUAGCUAUUAGGCUUAAACGUUAACUAUAGAUCUCAAAUCUUCUUUUGUCGUCUUGUCAGUGGCUACUAGGGAAUCUAGAAAAAUCAAGCACAGUUACUAGAGAAAGCCCAUACCAUAAUGGUGUAGAGUCCUGGACCAAAGAAUCCUAAAUUAUAGGCAUAUAAUAUAGCUGGAAAGUACACUGCUAUGAGACUUCUGUGAAAUAUAUUACUCUGUCAUGAUUCCCAUUACUGAAUGUGAUCCCAGUGCUCAGAGCUGCCUGGUUUCAUUGGGACUUCAGGGUAAAUGACAAGUAGGCACUCAGGUCAAUUAUAUCAUCCACUCUUAUUUAAGUUAUUUUCUGUCAUUUUAAGAGGUAAUGCUCUGAAGCACUCUUAUUUGCCUUUUCUGCUCCAUGCUUUGCAAAAUAAGGUCUCAUGAGAAUAGUUUCACAAAAAGGAGAAAAUAUGCUGGUAAUAAAGAGGAGGGGGGAAAGGAAGAAAAAGCUAGAAGUGUCUAUAGUAGUAAAAUAUGACCUCUUUGUGCUAAAUUGCAGUAUUUGAUAGUAUCAUCAAGAUUUAAAAGUUGCAUUGAAUAAAAAUUACUUACUUUCCCCCAAUGCCAAAUAGUCCAUCUAAUUCAGAGGAAGGAAGUAAUUGAAAUGUAGUCAUUUAUGCAGCAGCCUAAGAGGAAAUAUUGUAAAGUAAUUCUUAGCAGUUCUCAAAUGUAGUUUGAAUUUUUAAGAAAGUUCUUUUUUGGCUGGAAAAAGAUCAGGCCAAUUACAGGAAGCUUGGAAGCUAGAGAAGUGAAAGGAAACCUUACUAGUUUGGGGGAACCAUAUGUUUGGUUCUCAUCAGUAAUGUUUCUGAGACUGAAAGAGGCACUGGUGGCCAGUCAAACUGUUCUGAAUGGGAUUUUAGAGUAAUGCCUGCUCUUCUGGUCAGCUGAAAUAGGCAGCCUAUCUGCAUAUUUAGCUAUUUGAAUAGGAUUUUAUAUGGUUAAGCCAUUCAAAGAUUAAAAUUAAUUUUAAAUGGCAAUUUUAUUGGAAAUAAAUCUAAAAGGAAUUUUGUGAUAUUUUGAAAAUAAUGUUGUGAGUCAUGGCAUCCUUAUUAUCUAGAACUUUGAAAUACAUUUUCUAAAAUAAGUCCUAACAUAAAGCAUAUAUUUUUCUGUUAAGCAGGUAAAUACUUCUAAAGUUUUAAAGUUUACUUUCAAAAGGUUCUUGUCCAACGACUUUUCUUUAAUUUUGUUUUCCUGCCAUUGCAUUUUAGAAAAACAGAUUAAAACAAUUACUACUCUGAUGACCAAAAUCUGGAGGUCUGGACACUGCUCAUCUUUUGGGCUUUGUACACAAUGCUGAGUUCAAAUAAGACUGUGGUUUCCAGCCCCAGAUUCAUUCUUCUGUCCAACUAUUAUUCAACUGUGACACAGAAAAACAACAUUUUUCUACUUUCAAGGGGUUGGGUUUUGCUUUAUAAUGUCUUGUUAUUUUCUCUUUUCCAGCAUUUACUGUACAGAGAAAAUUAGAGAUAAGUUUCAAUAUUCUUGUAUUGCUUAUAAAGAAUAAUUUACUGCCAUAAACUGAAAUUUGUUGAGCAGAGAUUGUAUUUCUAUGUGAAGUUCUUCCAGCACUGGAAAAAAAAUUAAAAAAAAAUUUACAGGAUAUGCAUCAUAUUGAAUAAAUAUCUUUCCUUCUUAUCAGAAUCUUCUGUUUAUAAAUAAUCUAUUAAAAAAGCCAAACUGGUGCAAAAGUACUGUAAAAUAUGACAUACUCCUGAAACCA